AUGUCGACUGAGCAGACCGUGGCUUGUUGGCGCUAUCAUCUCUCGCUUCGAGAGCCGAGGCUUCAAGCUUGUUGCCAUCAAGCUGGUUACCCCGGCAAGGCCCACCUCGAGAAGCACUAUGCCGAUCUUAAGGACAAGCCCUUCUUCCCUGGUCUAAUUGAGUACAUGAACAGCGGCCCGAUUGCCGCCAUGGUCUGGGAGGGUCUUGAUGCCGUCAAGACUGGCCGAACUCUCCUCGGUGCCACCAACCCCCUCGCCUCUGCCCCCGGUACCAUCCGUGGUGACUUCGCUCUCCAGACCGGCCGCAACGUCUGCCACGGCUCCGACAGCGUCGAGAACGCCAAGAAGGAGAUUGCCUUAUGGUUCAGCGAGGGUGACGUCGUCAGCUGGGAAAGCGCCCAGGCUAAGUGGCUCUACGAGUAA